AUGGACAAAUUAUUAAACUGGUCAUUAGCACAACAAGACCCAGAAACCGCAAGCAAAGUCGGAGCACCAGAUCCAAAAUUAUUAGCUGAAUUAUUUGGACAAAAUGUUGAUGAUCCAACUCUUAUGAAACAAAAUAUUGAAUUAAUUGAAUCCAAUGAAGCAACAGAUGAAAAUAAAUUAAUUUCUUUUGAUAAUUUUGAAAUGUUAAUUGAAAAUUUAGAUAAUGCAAAUAAUAUUGAAAAUUUAAAACUUUGGCCAAAAUUGAUUAAAUUCCUUGAUUGGGAAAAUUUAGAAUUUGUUAAUUUAACUUUAUCAAUUAUUGGUACUUCAGUUCAAAAUAAUAAUAAAUCACAAUUAGAUUUUUUAAAAUAUGAUACUGGAUUAUCAAAAUUAAUUCAAUUAGCUCAAAAUACUAAAGAAGUUAGAGUUAAAGCUCUUUAUGCAUUAUCAAAUUUAAUUAGAAAUAAUGAAAAAUCUUAUGAAAAAUUUAAUGAUUUAAAAGGUUGGGAAUUAAUUGGUCCAAUAAUAUCAAAUCCUGAAGUAAAUGAUAAAACUAUAUUAAGAAGUUUAUCCCUUUUCAAUUCAAUACAAACAAUUGCACCAAAACAAGAAUCCUUUGAUCAUAUUCAUGAUUAUAAAAUUAUUAAAAUUUUUAAGAAUUUGAUAAAGAGUAAUGAUAAUAUAAAUGUUAUUGAUAAAAUUUUAAAUACUAUUGUUGGAUUAAUUAAUGAUGGAUAUAAAUUUGAUUCUGAAGAAUUAGGGGAAAUUAAAAAUAUAACUGAAUUUAUUGAAAAAGAAUUUAAAGAUGUUAUUAAUCUUGAUGAUUUAAAAGUCUUAAAGCAAGUUAAUUAA